AUGCGGGAGGUGAAGCUGGAGCCCGACGUCAUCAACCUACAGUGCUGGGAUCAGCGCGUGCGAGAAGGGCGAGCAGUGGCAGCCGGCGCUUGCGCUGCUGAGCGAGAUGCGGGAGGCGAAGCUGGAGCCCGACGUCACCUUCAGCUACAGCGCUGGGAUCAGCGCGUGCGCGAAGGCCGAGCAGUGGCACGAGCAGUGGCAUCAGGCUUUGUCACUGUUCAGGGGGAUGCAGGAGGCCAAAGUGGUGCCCAACACCAUCUGCUACAGUGCUGGGAUCAGCGCGUGUGGGAAAGGCGGGCAGUGGCAGCGGGCUCUCUCGCUGCUCAGCGAUAUGCGGGAGGCGAAGUUGGAUGCCGACGUUAUCAGCUACUGCGCUGGGAUCAACGCGUGUGCGAAAGUCAAGCAGUGGCAGCAGGCCCUGCUGCUGCUCAGCGAGAUGUCAGAAGCGGAGUUGAAGCCAGACGUCAUUUCUACAACGCUGGGCUCAGCGCGUGCGAAAGGGGAGAACAGUGGCAGCGGGCCCUGUCGCUGCUCAGCGAGAUGUGGAAGUCGAAUUUGGAGCCCAGCGUUAUCUUCAGCUACAACGCUGGGGUCAGCGCGUGCGAGAAAUGCGAGCAGUGGCAGGGGGCAUUGUCGCUGCUGCGCGAUAUGGGGGAGGCGAAGCUGGACCCCGACGUCAUCUUCAGCUACAACGCUGGUAUCAGCGCAUGUGAGAAAGGCGAGCAAUGGCAGCUGGCCAUGUUGCUGCUCAGCGAGAUGUGGGAGACGAAGUUGGAAGCCAAUGUCAUUAGCUACAGCGCUGGGAUCAGCGCGUGCGAGAAGGGCGAGCAGUGGCAACGGGCCCUGUCGCUACUCCGCGGGAUGGUCGAGGCGAAGUUGGAGCCCAACGUUAUCUUCAGUUACAACGCUGGGAUCAGCGCGUGCGAGAAAGGCGAGCAGUGGCAGCUGGCCAUGUCGCUGCUCAGCGAGAUGUGGAAGGCGAAGUUGGAAGCCAACGUCAUUAGCUACAGCGCUGGGAUCAGCGCGUGCGAGACAGGUGCACGGUGGCUGCAGGCUCUGUCGCUGCUGCGCGAGAUGCGCGAGAACACAUUGGAGCCCAACGUCGUCAGCUACAGCGCUGGGAUCAGCGCAUGCGUGAAAGGCGGGCCGUGGCAGCAGGCCCUGUCGCUGUUCAGCGACAUGCAGGGGGCAUCGGUACAGCCCGACGCCAUUAGCUAUAAGUGCGGGGUCUUUGCGUACGAGAAGGGCGAGCAGUGGCAAUGUGCGCUGUCCGUGGUCGGCGAAAUGUAUUUGAGGAAACUGGAUCCGGACUUCGAAACCUACGGUGCUGUUGCCAGCAUGUGCGAACAAGGCAGGGAAUGGAGCCUGGCGCCGUCGUUGUUCGGGAAGGUGUGUGAGUUACUCAUGGUGGGAUGA